AUGUUCGGCGAGGAUUGGCGGAGUGUGGGAGGAUCGGGAGAGACACCGAUCCCUCGUCUCCAUCAUACUUCUUCACAAUCAUCAUCAUCAUCAUCAUCAUUUCACAUGCAAAAUCUACGAGUUGAGAAUGUGGUGAGAAUGGCGAAUCGGCCUCGUUUAUCCAUUGACACAAACGCUCGACAUUCAUCAGCUUCUUCAAAUCGACUUUCUCCUGUUUUCAAUCACUCUACGGCUACACUGAGUGCAGAGGAUGACAUUUCAAAAAGAAUUCUUGACGUGACAAGACGUUACAAUUAUAAUCAUGGUUCUGAGCUUCAAAGUUUACGAGAACGAAUGAGAGAACUACAAGCAAGUCGGAGUUCUUUAUUUGAGAGUGAUUUGAUGAGGCCUUCUACCUCGCAUGAUGCCACUUCUUUACUAGAUUUUAGUCCAAACGAUCGACUAGAUGAAGAACCAUUUUCUUCUGGAAGAUCAGCAUUUUCCCCGUAUCGACAAUCGAGAGCCCGUUCUCCAUCGGGUUUCUCUCUUGUGGAUUUUCCCUCAGAAUAUGGAAAUUUGGCAUCUAGAAUGGAAAAAUUGCAGCAAGAGUUAACGAGAACGACUUUGCAUCCGCAGUACACCCCGACAACCGCUCUAGGUGCCGCAUUUCAGGGAAUGAGAAUGAAAAACUCAUCUCCAUUAAGUUCUCCUCAGAACUCAACUUUGAGAAGAGAUCGACCCCUUGGAUCAGAUCGACCUCAUGGAUCAGAUCGACCUCAUGGAUCAGAUCGACCCCUUGGAUCAGAUCGACCUCAUGGAUCUGGUUUUCGGAUCGCUGAGCUUCUAUCCGAUGAUUUCUUGUCGCAAAAGAGGAAACAUAGCGAAGACUCUCCGUCAAGCGUUCCACACAAGGUGAAUGUUCCAUCGUCUUCACACACUUCACAACACACAUUUCACGAUGUGCCAAUCAGAGUCUAUCGAUCGACAUCUCGUGAAAGCGAUGGACCUUUCGAAAGGCCUGGCAGACGUGUCUCACCAGCAGGUCAACGAGUACCUCUGUCUGUGAAUGUCGAAGAGAGUGCUUCGGCUCCUGCUCUUUCUCCUGUUUCUACCACUUCUGAUCUCCCCUCAUCUAUCAGUUCUGCUGCUGGAUCCUUCAUCUACCGAUCAGCGUUCGAUCCGAAAGAAAUCGAAGAGAAAAUUGAACAACUUACGCAAGCCGCCUGUCUAGCAGCGAUGCCAACAAGUAAUGGAAAUCUUGACAUUUCAAAAAUUCAAGAACAAUUGAAUGCUUUACAAAAGUUUCGCGAAGAGUUGGGUUGUUUAAUUCGCGAAGCCGAAGCAGCACAAGCGGAGAGACCUGACUCGGGGAUCACUGAAGGAGCAGUGGGUGAAGCAGCAGCCGCAUCGCCAUCAUCAGUUGAUUCAGACGGACGUCGACACAUUUGCUCAUUUCCACAAUGCGGAAAAGUCUACACGAAAAGUUCUCAUCUUAAAGCUCAUUAUCGAACACAUACAGGUGAGAAACCGUACGCUUGUACGUGGCCGGGUUGUGAGUGGCGCUUUGCAAGAAGUGAUGAGCUCACACGACAUUACAGAAAACACACAGGAGACAAGCCAUUCAAAUGCCCGCAUUGUGCUCGAAGUUUUGCUCGAAGCGAUCACCUCUCACUGCAUUUGAAGCGUCAUCAA